AUGUACUUGAAGUGUGGGAGUUUGGCCGACGCUCGGAAAGUUUUUGAUGGGAUGACGCCUCAGGAUCCCGUCUCUUGGAACGCUUUGAUCCUGGGAUAUGUCACAAACGGGGAAGCAGGAGAGGCCUUGAGUAUCUUCGAGACGAACAGCAGGUGCGUUCCAACCUCUCGAACGUUUUGUGCGGCACUCAAGGCUUGCAGCAGUCUAGCAGGGAAGACAGAUGGGGAUGGAAGGCUCGUGAAAGUAGAGGAGGCACUCGAGAAAGCCGUGGGGAUUCACGCUCGGGCGGCCAGCUUUGAAUUCGACUCGGACACUUUUCUAGCCAGCGCGCUCGUCAGCUUCUACGCCAAGUGUGGAAGCAUCCGGGACGCCUGGAAGGUGUUCCAAAAGGUGCGCCUUCAUGACGCGGUGUCCUGGACUGUGAUGAUACUCGGGCUCGCCGAAAGUGGUCAGGGGGAGCUUUCUCUGCAACUCUUCCAUCGAAUGCGAGCACAGGGAUACAGACCCGACGCGCCAACUUUCGUGGCUGCUCUCAAAGGUAGCAGCAGCGUGGGAGCCUUGGAGCCUCUGCAGGGAAUUCACGCAGAUAUCUCCAGGUGUGGACUCGAGGACGAUCCCGUUGUCGCGAACGGCGUCGUCGAUGGCUAUGGCAAAGCCGGGGACGCAGCGAAGGCACAGCAGGUCUUCGAGUCCCUGGAGAAACCAGACGCGGUUGCCUGGACGUCCGUGAUAGCAGCACACAGCCGCAACGGGGACACGCGAAUGGUUUUCAAGCUCUUCGACGAGAUGCAAGACGAAGGCUUGCAACCAGAUGGGAUCGCACUUCUUUGCCUGCUCACGGCGUGCAGCCAUGGCGGGCUUGUCCGCCAAGCGAAGUGCUACUUCAAGGAGAUGGAGGCGAAGUAUGGAGUUCGUCCCGGGGCCGAGCACUACCACUGCAUGGUGGACGCUCUCGGCCGCGCAAACGAGCUGGAGGAAGCGGUGGAGAUGGUGGAAGCCAUGCCUUGCGAGGCGAGUGGUGUUGCUUGGAGAACGGUGCUGGGCGCUUGCAAGAAGUGGAAGAAUGCAGCGGUCGGCAGGCUUGCUUUCGAUCGGCUGGUUGAAGUGGAGGCGAGGCACGAGGCGGGGUAUUUGUUGAUGGAGGCGAUCUACGCGAGCAGUGGCAUGAGGGAGGAGCAAGCUCAGGAGUUGAGAAGGAAGAACAUACCAAAGAAUAUCCAGCUCUAG